UCAUAUCAUCACUAACCAAAAACCAACACUUUUCGUAAACGCUUUCUCCCUCUCUCUCCGUUUUCCGGCGGCCAUUAGGCGAAAUUCUUUCCCGUCUGCACGGUGACGGCCGCUCCGACCACCCACCGUCACCGUCGUCUCUUUCGAAAGUUCAUUUAUCUGUCACGGAUCGGAUAUACGACCAACGGCUUUUUUGACAGGUUAGGGCAAGAUGGAAGCUAAUAUUUAUGAUCUUAAGGUGCCUCUAAAUCCACGGGACUUCAUUAAUGAAGACAGAGUGGUAGAAAUCAUAGAAGCCGGAGGAUUCCCCGCCGACGAAUUUCCAGAACAAGCCAUUACAUCAACAUGUCGUCUAAGAGUCCCAAGAUUAGCCUGUCCAGUCAAACUCCGUUCUCUUCAAAAAGCCCUAGCCAUGGUCCACGGCGUAAAACGAGCACUCUUAAUUCUCGAAAUCGAAGAAGUCAAAGUCCUUUACGAUCCAAAUUUAACCACAGAGACCCUGAUCCUCACUGCAAUCGACGAUUGCGGCUUCGAAGCCAACCUCAUCUCUGCCGCAGACGAAGCCUACAAAGUUCACAUCAAACUCAAUCGAGCCACCUUCGGAGACAUGGCCGCCAUAAAAUCCUCUCUCGAGCAAGCUGCCGGAGUGAACUGUGUGGAAAUGGAAGCGAUUGGCCGCCGGAUGGUGACCGUCAGCUACGAUCCUGACCGGACCGGUCCGAGGUCGAUUCUGGAGUUCCUGGAGAGGUACGGAGCAAGCUUGUAUGUGCCACCGAAGAGAAGAGAUGUGGAGCAGCUUCAGGAAGCUUGUGCUUAUAGGAAUUUGUUCUUGUUGAGCUGCUUGUUUUCUGUUCCAGUGGUGGGUUUUGCAAUGGUGCUUCCGAUGCUUCCUCCUUAUGGAGACUGGUUGAAUUUUAGGGUUUGUAGAAUGCUUACUGUUGGAAUGGUUCUUAAAUGGAUCUUCUGCACUCCAGUCCAGUUCCUCGCUGGUCGCAGAUUUUAUGUAGGAUCAUACCGUGCAUUACAACGGAAAUCUGCAAAUAUGGAUGUUUUGGUUGCUGUAGGCACCAAUGCAGCUUAUUUUUACUCAGUAUACAUAGUACUUAAAGCAUCCACUUCCAACUCUUUUAAGGGGAAAGAUUUCUUUGAGACUAGCUCCAUGUUGAUCUCCUUCAUUCUACUUGGAAAAUAUUUGGAGGUCAUGGCCAAAGGCAAAUCAUCAGAUGCUUUAGCAAAGCUUGCUCAUCUUGCUCCCGACACGGCUUGUUUGAUGACCUUCGACGAUCAUGGAAAUUUGCUAUCAGAGGUGGAGAUUGAUACCCAACUGAUACAGAGGAAUGACAUAAUUAAGAUUGUUCCUGGGGCAAAAGUCCCUGUUGAUGGGAUUGUUAUUAGUGGUGAAAGCAAUGUGAACGAGAGCACAAUUACAGGAGAAGCAAGAUCCAUUUGCAAAUCAACUGGUGAUAAGGUUAUAGGAGGGACUGUCAAUGAAAAUGGAUGCUUAUAUAUUAAGACCACUCAUGUUGGAUCUGAUACUACACUUUCUCGAAUCGUACAACUCGUGGAAUCGGCUCAGCUAUCACGAGCACCAGCUCAAAAAUUAGCAGAUCAGAUAUCAAAGUUUUUUGUCCCUGUUGUUGUCGUGGCAGCAUCUGUGACAUGGCUGGGAUGGUUAAUUUGUGGAGAAGUUGGUUUAUACCCAAAACAUUGGAUACCUAAAGGCAUGGAUGAGUUUGAACUUGCACUGCAGUUUGCCAUUUCUGUGUUGGUGAUUGCAUGCCCAUGCGCCCUUGGUUUAGCAACACCGACUGCGAUCAUGGUUGCGUCGGGAAAGGGUGCUUCUCUAGGCGUGCUCAUUAAAGGGGCAAGUGCACUUCAAAAUGCAUAUAAGGUGAAAACGGUAGUUUUUGACAAGACUGGAACUCUAACGGUUGGCAGGCCGCAGGUAGUUAGUGUUGUGCUUUUUUCUACAGUUCCAAUGCAGGAGCUCUGUGAUGCAGCAAUAGCAAUUGAGUCAAACAGCAAACACCCUAUAGCAAAAUCUGUAGUGGAGCAUGCGAAUAAAAUGAGAAGGAAGUUCGGGGCCCGAAGCGAAUGUCGCAAACGCAUCCAGAACUUCGAGGUGUUCCCGGGAGGAGGGGUUGGAGGAAGAAUUGAUAGAAAGACAGUUUUAGUAGGAAACCGAAGGCUCAUGCGAGCUCACAGCGUUCCUGUCAGCCCUCAAGUUGAUAGGUACGCUAUAGAAAACGAGCGACUGGCUCAAACAUGCGUCUUGGUGGCUAUUAAUGGCAAGAUAGCAGGAGGUUUUGGCGUUAUAGAUGCACCAAAGCCUGGGACUAAAGCUGUCAUAUCAUUUCUUCGCUCGAUUGGCAUCUCAACCAUAUUGGUCACUGGAGAUAACUGGGCCACAGCCUUCGCCGUUGCAAGAGGAGUUGGGAUUAAUGAAGUCUUUGCAGAGAUGGAUCCAAUUGGAAAAGCCAACAAGAUUAAAUCCUUCAAGUCGACUGGGAAUAUUGUGGCAAUGGUGGGAGAUGGAGUAAAUGACUCACAUGCCUUAGCUGCAGCUGAUGUUGGUAUUGCAAUUGGUGCUGGAACAAAUAUUGCUAUAGAAGCAGCUGAUAUUGUUCUAAUGCGAAGCAAUUUAGAAGAUGUAGUUACUGCGAUAGAUCUCUCAAGACAAACUGUUUAUCGUAUAUGGCUUAACUACAUCUGGGCUCUUGGCUAUAAUAUCAUCGGCAUGCCUAUCGCUGCCGGAAUUCUAUAUCCCUUCUUUGGAAUCCGAUUGCCACCGUGGCUUGCCGGUGCCUGCAUGGCUGCUUCCUCUCUUAGUGUUGUAUGUUCUUCUCUCUUAUUGAAAUGUUAUAGGAGACCCCUGAAUUUUCAAUCUGCUUGAUAACUCAACUUCUUUUCAAUGUGAGUUUGGUUUGAUGAAA